GAGGUUAAAGAAUAUGUGAUUACCAUGCAUUCUAAUUAUCUAGUAGUCGUUAGUCCACUGACAAGUAAAAUUAAAGGAAAAUUCAUUCCCUUAUGAAAAGCAUGAAUACAAAAUCUCGCUCGGACGCAACUAUCUGAUAAUAUUUUGGAAACAUUUUUCGCGGAAAGAAUUACAAUUUUUAUCUUCCAUCCAACACAACCAAAGACAAAGUUAUAUCAUUAUUUAACGAGAAGGGAAAUAAUAAUGCCUACAAUCAAAUGUAUACUCUCGAUAACGAACGUCAUUUUUGUUGCCUUUCUGACUCUGACUUUAUGGACAACAUCGCUACAGAGUGCUGAUUAUAUCUGCCCAUCUGGCUGGUCGCACUUCUCUUCAAAUUGCUACUUCCUUGAUGCUAACAGGAUGACUUGGGAUGACGCUUUGAAAACCUGUCAAGGAUACGAUGCUUGGAUAGCUGAGAUAACAUCAGAUGCAGAACAAAGUUUUAUUACUACUCAUGUCGCUCCUGGAAUAAAUUUCUGGAUAGAUUGCAGGGAUACAGUCUUAGAGGGUACCUGGCGAUGUGGCAACGAUGAUCAUCCGAUCACCUUCACAAAUUGGAAUGAAGGAGAACCAAACAACUACUUAAAUAAUGAAGACUGCAUCAAGGUGGACAGCACCAGCCUGUGGAAUGAUUACCCAUGUACAGCCUUGCUAUCUGCCAGCGUCUGCAAAAAGGCUGCUACGCGUUCCGGAUCCAAGGUCUUCAAGAAAGACUCCUCAAACCCAGGAUACUGUCUCAGAAAUAAUGUAAUCGAAGAAAUUGACCAAUCUACCUUGAUCAACUGUGGAGGGCGCUGUCUGAUGACUGAAGAUUGUGCCUCAAUUAAUUACUUCCCUCGUCGCGACAGAUGUCAACUUAACAGUGUAAUUAAGGCUGAAGUUGCCGAUUCUGAUUAUUUCAAGUCUUCUGAUUGUGAAUAUUUUGAUAUUCUUUCAUAAUUUGUUAGGAAUUAGGGUGUGCUUCAAUAAUUUAAGAGUCAAGGAUUGCAAAUGGUACAUGAAUUUUACCUUUCCAAUGCACAUUUUAAGGGAGAAAAAGACGAAAUGAAGAAAAGAAUAUUGAAAUAGUUUACAGUGAUUGACGGAUUGAUUGACAGUCUUCACCUGUUCCAACAUACAGGAUAGAUGGCUCUCGCGCAUAACAACAGCGCCUUUAGCUGUCUUGUGGGAAAGGUUUCCUAAAAACUUUGUGGUGUUAGAAAAGUUGUAGCGUUGGAGAGCCUUAAACUUAGUCACUUCAAUACCAACAUUUACAAUAUCCAAAUAAAAAUUACUUUAUUAAAUAGGGUCAUAAAUUUAGAAAUUUUCCAUGUUGGAUGUAAUAUUACGUGAUAUUGAUGUUGAUUUCUUUGCUGCUUUAUAUUCUUGAAAGUAAUAGUUGAUUAAUGAUUGUCGUGUUGUACACUAUUAACAUAAAUUGUUAAAAUUAGUUGAUACAUAUUGGUUUCAUAGAUUACCCAUUACCUCAUGUUGUAUGUAUUCGUAACUUCGGCAGUUUGUUAGUGUAAUCUACAGAUUUCAUUGACAGCCCCUUUACCAUGUUUACUCUCCUUGUUUACUCUGAAUCAAUUAAACACUUCUGGAAGAUUAAAACUUGCAGUCUCUUCAAUUUCGAUAUUUUUACUGAUUUUUUAAAACAAAUUAUAUUCAUUUACAGAUUUGACAGAUGAAAAAUAAUCCACAAAGAACCAUGAAUGUCGAAAGGGUGUCUUCAUAUUCAGUUCGAAUAUUGAAGAUACGAGACAAACCACUUUUGCCAUUUCAUAUUAUCAAUUUGUUAAUAAAAACCUACUUUUUCUAUUGUUGUAUUUUAAUGAGGUAUGGCGCGAUUGCGAUAGUAGUAACAAAGUAGUUCGGUUCAAAAGGACUAGAAUAGUCGAGAAUCUUAAAGAUAGAUAGAUAAAUGGUUUUAUUAAAAAAAACAAUUCAUGGUAGCCCAAAGGCUAAAUUUACAUUGUUUUACAUUGUAAAGAUCUUGUUACAUGUAAGAUUAGAUAUAUACAAAGACCAUUUUGAACAACAUGAAAAUUUCAAAGUAAACUA